AAACAGCAGAUAUGAUAGACAAAGAAGUAAAAUUAGUAUUAAUACUAGCACAAUUUCUGGGAAAAACACAAGCCAAAAAAUCCAGUAUCUCAUUAAGACACUCAAAUGCCCAAAAGGGCUUCUUUCUAUCUGCAGCAAAGGAAAAAAUAACCAAGAACAGUUCAUAG